AGAAGAAGACAUUUUGUGGAAAGACAGCGUAGAGAGGAUACACACACACGGCGGAUUGCUUUUUGUAGACCUAAACAUUUUUCCUGUUGUUUGGACUGUUUAAUACAUUUCAUGAAGAGUCGAUUUUUUCAAGUUGAAGCACGUAGUUUCAAGAAAAUUAAUCCUGGCAAGUUAGUUUCGUCGGAUCGGCGUCGCCAAUAACAUUCAUCGAUUAGCUUAGCUUUAGCAUCCUCGCCUCCGCAUUGCUGGGCUAGCAAGCACAAAGCUAAGCUAAGCUAGCACAGACACCGCUUUUAGCUAACCGGCUAAAUCUCUUGUUUUUCCAUCCACGGUGACAGAAUGGCGUUGAAACGAAUUCAUAAGGAGUUGACCGAUCUGGGUCGGGAUCCUCCAGCACAGUGUUCUGCAGGGCCGGUGGGUGAUGACUUGUUUCAUUGGCAAGCCACAAUUAUGGGACCUAAUGACAGUCCAUACCAGGGUGGCGUGUUUUUCUUGACCAUCCAUUUCCCAACAGAUUACCCAUUCAAACCGCCUAAGGUUGCUUUCACCACAAGAAUUUAUCACCCAAAUAUUAACAGUAAUGGCAGCAUCUGUUUGGAUAUUCUCAGAUCACAGUGGUCACCAGCAUUAACUAUUUCUAAAGUUCUCUUGUCCAUCUGCUCUCUGUUAUGUGAUCCGAACCCAGACGACCCACUUGUGCCAGAGAUCGCACGCAUAUAUAAAACAGACAAUGAAAAGUACAACAGAAUAGCUCGGGAAUGGACCCAGAAGUACGCCAUGUGAUACCUGAACAAACAUCGCCCCAACAAAUCUGCAUUAUAGCUGGAAGAACAUUCUACAACUGGCUCUCCUUUUGAUCCCCCCCCUUCACAGCGAAUUGGCACUUCUUGCUGUCUCUCAGACCAAAUUAUUUUUCCUCCACUUGUUUCGUGCCCCUUUCAAAUUUCCAUGUGCUGCAAACAUGUCACUUUUUAUUCCCCAUUUAAAAAAAAAAAAAUCCAGGCUGAACUCUGAAGCAUGUGUCCAGGACUCCAGCCACAGAUUUAAAGAAAGCAAAUAAAGAACGCUUUAUUAACUCACUCACGCCACACAUUGGAGGUGCUAUUGAGAAGAAAUAAAGACAUAAAUCCAUAAAAACUAUGGUCCUUUAUGAGCGGUCUGUUGCAUUGGCCUUCGUUUUUCUCAGCUUUUUCGAUAGCGGUUCCACUCUGUGAAAUACGAGUAUAUAACUAAUCCGGAUAUGAUUACAUGAACAGUUAAGAUGAAUAUGAAACCUACUUCCUGCAUGUUAACUGCGACUCGGCGGUCUGCUGAAAACACCGCAAGUGUUAAACACGCGUGUCCACCUGUACGAGGAGUCUGAGGACUUGAUUUUUGUUUUUUUGUUUUGUUUUUUUGUUACUCCUGUAUUUUUGAUUUUGUCGUUUUUAGCCGGAGCUAUUAGUUCAUCUUUCUUCCAACGACACUGUUCGCCUUGUUGCACUGAUUCAAAGCUCUUAAUGGACGACCGGUUAACUAAUAGCUCGACUAGCUGUCGGUUUUUGGUUUCUCAAUAAAGUUGGUCAAAUGUC